CAUCUUUCGGGGCGGGUCCCACGGAUGCGCCGUCACCACGCUGCCCGCUCCCCGCUCCGUCUCCCGCGCAGCGAGCGCCGCGCACUUCUCACGCAGCGCGCACGCACACGCACAGCCACACACGCACAGCCACACACGCACACACACACACAGCCAGCCAGCACCGCGCCGCCCUUUCUUAGCCUCCUGUCUCUUUGCCUGUCACACGAGCGAGGCCGGUCCCGGCGCAACUCCAUCAGCACAUCCCAGCCCAGCACGGUCCGGCACCCUCGUAGCAGCCACCCGAGCCGGUUUGGCGUGGCGUGGCGUGGCAUCAAAACCCAGCCCGUGCCAUCCCCCCCCCCACCCCGAGUCGCCACCGCCGUCGCCGCUAGCACCGCGCGCUGCGCGCGUCCACACGGAGCAGCUCCCGGCAGUCGCUGGUUUUUGUUGCGGUGCCUCCUGCAGUCCCCCCCGGGCUUCGGGAAGAGAACAACAACAACAAAAAUCACCCGGAACGGGCGCACACGCCAACGUUACUACACCUGCUGCUGCUGCAAGUGUGAAAUCGCCACGGGGACAGGGACAGCGCGUCCGCUUCGGCUAACGACUCCGGGACGUAGUAGCAGCAGCAGCAGCAGCUGCGAGCUCAGAGCGUCCACCGACACCUCGGGGAGCAUCACUCGCCAGCGACAUGACGUCCUCCUUCAAGCUGGACUUCUUGUCGGACGGGAUGUCCGGCCACGGCUCGGCUGAGCCCCUAUUCAUGGGCCAAGACGGCGGGGGCAGCAUGAACGGCUCGCUGGAGCACGGCGGUCCGGCGGGGCAGCCCGACCUGGACGCCAUCAAGAUGUUCGUGGGGCAGAUCCCGCGCUCGUGGAGCGAGAAGGAGCUCAGGGAUCUGUUCGAGCAGUUCGGCCCCGUCUACGAGAUCAACAUCGUGCGGGACCGCACGCAGAAGCCUCCGCAGAGCCGCGGCUGCUGCUUUGUGACGUUCUACACGCGCAAGGCUGCUCUGGAAGCACAGAAUGCGCUGCACAACAUCAAGACCCUUCCCGGGAUGCACCACCCCAUUCAGAUGAAGCCGGCCGACAGUGAGAAGUCAAGUGUGGAGGAGCGGAAACUCUUCAUCGGCAUGAUCUCGAAGAAGUGCAGCGAGAACGACAUCCGCGCCAUGUUCUCCCCCUUCGGCCAGAUGGAGGAGUGCCGCGUGCUGCGCGGGCCAGACGGCCAGAGCAAAGGCUGCGCGUUCAUCACCUACACGGCGCGUGCGAUGGCACAGAACGCCAUCAAGGGCAUGCACCAGUCCCAGACCAUGGAGGGCUGCGCGGCCCCACUCGUGGUGAAGUUUGCCGAUACGCAGAAGGACAAGGAGCAGAAGAGGCUGCAGCAGCAGCUGGCGCACAUGCAGCAGCUGGGCGCCGCAGCCGGGUGGGGCGGCCUGGCGGGGCUUUCCACCAUCGGGCCGCACUACCUCGCUCUGUAUUUGCAGCUCCUGCAGCAAGCUGUGGCGGCCGGCAGCCCUAGCACCCUGGCCGGCCUGCAGCAGAUCGCCGGAUUGAACGCGGUGCAGCUGCAGGGCCUGGCCACGCUGGCGGCGGCCGCUGCUGUGAGCCAGGGGGCUGGCGGGGCCGGCGGAGGGGCCAACGCCCUCAGCAGCCCCACGGGAGGACUCUCGGCCCUCUCGUCCACGGAUACAUUCAAGAAUCCAUUGCUGUACUGUCAUCUCCUCGCCACAUCACUGCCCAAGACCACAAUUCCCGGCGGCCACGGCGGAGGAGCGGGCGGCGCUGGGGCCAGUACCCUGGCCUCCCUGGGGGCCCUGCACAGCCUUGCUGGGGCCUCGGCCAUCAGCCCGCUCACCGCAGGCAUUGCGGCGCUGAACGGCAGCCUUGGCGUCGGGGGCCUGGCCAAUGGCUCGGGCAGCGGCGUGGACGCCCUGGCUCAGGCCUACUCGGGCAUCCAGCAGUACGCAGCCGCCUCGCUCCCCAACCUGUACGCGCAGAGCCUCAUACAGCAGCAGCAACAGCAGCAGCAGCAACAACAACAGCAGCAGCAGCAACAACAGGGUGCGGCCGGCAGCCAGAAAGAAGGACCGGAGGGAGCCAACCUGUUCAUAUACCACCUGCCGCAAGAGUUCGGGGACCAGGACCUCAUGCAGACCUUCAUGCCGUUUGGGAACGUGAUCUCGGCCAAAGUGUUCGUGGACAAGCAGACAAACCUCAGCAAGUGCUUUGGUUUCGUGAGCUACGAUAACCCCGUGUCAGCUCAGGCCGCCAUCCAGGCCAUGAACGGCUUCCAGAUCGGCAUGAAGCGACUCAAGGUGCAGCUGAAACGCAACAAGAACGACAGCAAGCCCUACUGACGAGGGAGGGGGGGGUGGGAGGGAGCCGGG